AUCUGAUGUUUUAUUGUAGGAAAGUCCACGUUAAAUGAACAUCAUGGGCACAAAAUCUCUCAGUGUUCUUGGCAACGAUGGGGCUGGCAAGAAAGCCCUGAUCGGCAGCCUCAUUUACAAGUGCGGGCUUGAGCUUCCCCAACUGAAGCAGCUGGAAAGUGAGGGGAUUAGUCAGUAUGAGAAAAUUGUACCAUUCUUCGAGAAAAAUGGACGUGCUCAAUCCUUUUACGCCCCUUCUGGAACCUUUACUGUUCAGAAAAGCCAGACACCAGAUGUUGCUUUCUGGGUUGUCGAUGCUUCCGAUUCAUCUAGCUGGGGCCCAUCUGCCGAGAAACUCUCAGUUACGUUGUCCAGUAGUAUGGUCAACCCACGAGAGAAACUCGUCAUAGUAGUAAACAAGAUGGACUCAGUCAACUGGUCUGAGCAGACGUUCAAAGAGGUUGUGGGCGCAUUCAGUUCGGUCAAUCUGAACAAUCGUGCUUAUAUCAUCCCGGUUUCUGCCCUUCGAGAAGGAGGAAACAUACUCCCAACCCCCGAAGCGCCCUCAUGGGUACAGAACUUAUCUACUGACCAGUUUGGGGGAUCCGCAUCAGUCUCGGGUGAAUCGUUGAUGAAUCUUCUUGGGUGAACACUCACGUAUUUUACUUCGAUCUAUUCCUUGGUUUACUGCAGUGUAUUAUUAACAGAAGGGAGGAGCGGAAUCCUUGUGGAUUAAUAGACAGUUUCGAAAUGGGAUGAGCCUCUCCGAAGUAUUCAGCAGCUCUGUGACAAAUGCAGUAUAUCAAGAUAGACAAGUGCAUGUGGCUUAGCUUCCACAAAUAAUUUAAGUAUUUUGCGCCUCUUUUGAGUGAAAGCUUGUUGUAAGUCACUGCGGGGGCAUCAUGGGAUAGCAUCUGGGCCGAGCAUCUUAAUGCUCAUGCGGCAC